UGAGAUUCUGUUGGAUGUGUCAUUGGCUCAGAGGGAGCUGAUGUUAACUCCCCUCUCUGUCUCUCUCUCCUUUACACCCCUCUCUGCAGAAAGGCUGGAUAAAGAACCUCUCAAGAUGAAGAUGUGGCUCUCUCUGCUUCUUCUGGGAGUAGUAGGCCCUCACUGCGCAUCUGCAGGGACUCACUCUCUCAAGUAUUUCCACACUGCGUCUUCUGGAGUCCCAAACUUCCCAGAGUUUGUGAGUGUUGGGUUGGUUGAUGAAGUUGAGAUCACUCACUACGACAGCAACACCAGGAGAGCAGAACCCAAACAGGACUGGAUGAGCAGAAUCACAGCAGAGGAUCCUCAGUACUGGGAGAGGAAGACUCAGAUAGCUCAGGGUAACGAGCAGACCUCUAAAGUCAACAUUGAAACUGCAAAGCAGCGCUUCAACCAAACUGGAGGUGUCCACAACCAGAUCAUGUCUGGCUGUGAGUGGGAUGAUGAGACUGGUGAGGUCAAAGGUUAUGAACACCAUGGUUUUGAUGGAGAAGACUUCCUGAUUCUGGACCUGAAGACAGAGUCUUGGAUCGCUCCAAGACAACAGGCUGUCCUCACCAAACAGAAGUGGGAGCAUAACAGAGAGGAUGGCACAGAGAAGAACUACUACACCCAGAUCUGUCCUAAGUAUCUGAAGAAGUAUCUGGACCUUGGGAGGAGCACUCUGAUGAGAACAGAGAUCCCCUCGCUGGCUCUGCUCCAGAAGACCCCCUCCUCUCCAGUCCGCUGCCACGCUACAGGUUUCUACCCGGACAGAGCCGUGAUGUUCUGGAGGAAAGACGGAGAGGAGCUUCACGACAACGUGGACCAAGGAGAGACCCUGCCCAACCACGACGGAUCCUUCCAGAUGAGUGUGGACCUGGACGUCCCCGCUGGAGACUGGGGGAAGUACCAGUGUGUGUUUCAGCUCUCUGGUGUGGAGGACAAGGUCCUCGUCCUGGACUCAGCUGAGAUCAAGACCAACACAGGGAACCCCCUCCUCCUCAUCAUCGGGGCUGCAGUGGCUGCUCUCCUCCUCCUCCUCAUCGCUGGGAUCGGAUUCCUGGUUUACAGAAAGAGGAACGCCAAUGAGAAGUCUCCCUCUCCGGCCUCCAGCGCUGAGCUCCUUGAGAGACUGAAUCAGCCGUCUCAGUGAGGCGCUUCAUCCCCUCUCCAGCUGCUGUCUCUCAGAGCCGCCUCUCUCUCUGCUGUGAAGCGUCUGGAGGAGCAGCGGUACAGUUCAGAUCCUUCUGCAGAGCGCCGUGGGGAAGGCUCGCUCUCUGGAACGCAGAUAUUAGGAAAUCAAUGACAUCAGUUCAAUAAAAUAGAGAAGCAGCAAUUGGAAAUAGAAUAAGCACCUGAGGGAUAUCUCAGGUCUAAAUCAGGUCAAUGUUGGGCUUUAAGGACUCGAUCUCACUUCUUUAUGUCCUCUUCUUUAGGGUUAUGGGUCAGGCAGCGCUGCACCACUUCUCCCUGUAAACUGGGAACCAUUGAUUAUCCUGGGAUCGUUACCUGGUAAUAUUAGGGUUUGAAUCCAGCAGGAGACGCUCACUGAUUGGACGACAGAGGAAAUGUUAUUUGGUUUCUCAUGAAGUGUCUUUUCCUCUGAUCAUGUAUUUCUGCUCAGGAAAUCUGUCUCAUCUGAAGAGAAUCAGAACCUCUCUGCUGUUGGGUUUCUGGCAAAUCAAUAUUAUGUAACACACACACACACACACACACACACACACACACAGUUCCUGAUGUGUAAAUAUGAGGCGUUUGAUGUUGUGUUUCUGAAUGAUCUUUAGUUAGUUGUUUAUUUACAGCAUCUCUCUUUGAUUGGGUUUGAAAGAUAAUUGUGUUUUUGAUUUUCAUUACGUUGCUGUUGUUUAGGGACACUGAGGUGUUGUGUGCAUAGACGCCGGACAGUGGCGUUAUAAAUACUGUAGUUUGGUUCAGAGAUGGACGUCAGAUUAAGAUGCUCUUCGUUGUCUUUCCUCUCCUGUGGUGUUUCACUUUCCAAUAAAAAACUCUCUCCCUAA